AUGGACCGCAUCAAGGAGAAAAUGAACCAGCUCCGCCUGGAGGCUGAUGAGGCCAACACCAAGGUUGAGGAGCUCCAGACCAAGGUGAAGACUCUUGAGCAGGAUGCCUUGUCCAAGGAGCAAGAGAUCACCUCUCUGCAGCACAAGAACAACCUCCUUGAAUCAGAAGUGGAGAAGCUCGAGACCAGCAUCAAGGAUGCCAAGAAGGCAGCAGAUGAGGGCCAACAACACGGCACCCAGAAUGAGACUCUCCAGCGCCGUCUGCAGCUCCUCGAGGAAGAAGCCGAGGAUGCUGACAAGACACUCCGCGAGGCCAACGAGAAGCUCCGACAGACCGACGUCAAGGCCGGCCACUUCGAGCGCAAGGUACAGGCUCUUGAGCAGGAGCGCGACCAGUGGGAGCAAAAGUACGAGGAAAUGGCCAAGAAGCACGCAGCCCUCCAGAAGGAUCUCGACGACCUGCAGGGAGAGAUUGGUGCCAUCUAA